CAGAGGGAGAGGAGGAGGACGACAUCAUCCGCAGCAGCAACAACAGCAGGAACGUUCCCCUCGAGACUCUCGCCGCCAGCAGCAGAGGACACCAUGACCUCCAUCAGGCGCAAGGAGUCGGCCUGCAGGAGUCUGUUCGGCCCCGUGGACCACGAGCAGCUGCGGCGCGACUUGGCGCUGCGGCUGAGCGAGGUCGCCGAGCAGGACAGCCGCCGCUGGAACUUCGACUUCCAGGCCGGGGCGCCGCUGCCCGGUCGGUUCCAGUGGGAGGAGACACCCGCUGCUGCGUUCUACCAGGAGGAGCCCGCGCUGCCGAGGGACGCCGUCUGUCCCCCGGUCGCACCGGGCCGCGGCGAUGCUGACGGUGGUGCUGAUGGCGGUGAUGAGGCUGAAGGAGCAAGCGCGGGGACCGACCAGGAGAACUGCCCCCGCAUCUCCAACACGCGGUGUCCCGCCGAAGUGACGCCCCUCCGGGGGAAGAGGUCUCUCUCCAAACCGGCGGCCAAGCGCAGGAGCGCGAACGCACGGAUCACAGAUUUUUUCGCAAAGAGGAGGAGGACGACGGACACAAAGAGUCCUCAUCAUCUUCAUCUUCAUCACACGAGUUCCAGUGAAGCAGCUUUGUGCAAAACGAUCAGAUGAACUGUUUAUACGGACUAUUUAUAUUUCUACAUGAACAUUUUCAUGGACUGGACCAAAGGGAUUUAAUUUAAUUUAAUUUUAUUGUGUUGUGUUUUCAGUUUUGUUAUUUGGCCCUGACAUGAAAUUCUAGAAUUUUAUGUUAUUUAUUUUAUUUAUGGCAACGUUUUUUUUGAAAUUAUUAUUUAAAACCUUUUCCUUUUUCCACUGCUGAUGUUGCAAAUAUCUUUGUUAACUUAUAAUAUGUUUAAGUUAACAAUAUGUUUAAGUUAACAAUAUGUUUUCUCUCAUUGUUUUCAUCAGUGUUAUCGUUUUCCCACAUCAUUGUCAACCUUGUUGAAUGAAUGAAAUGUACUGAGCUGCUUUCUAUUAAUGAUCUUUUUUUUUUUAAAAAAAGCACUAUUUUGUCCUUA